AUGAUGAGCAAAAAAAAACCGAAAAGCGCCACCUGUUGGAGAAGACUUAUCCCUCUCGCUUUGCCUCUUCCUCUCGGUCUGAAGUCCAGUAAAGUUUGUAAUGUCAAUGAGUCACACACGAAACGAAGACGACAAUUUAGAAAUGAUCGAAUUGUUUAGCUAACUUAGCUGAUGAGAUAGAUAUACAUUCGGUUGGGAAAAUAUAUUUACUCAAGCAAAUAGCAAUAUAGCUACAUAGUUAGACAAAUUCACAUUUCUCGAAUAUUUCCAAAGAUCUUUGUUUUGACUGGUCAGUUGGAGCUAACAAAAACGAUUAGCUUGCUAGAGAAGUUGCCAGUGAAAACAAGUUGUUAUAAGGCUGUAUUCGGGACGUCUGAGAGAAACAUAAACUAUCAGCUACAGCAAGGUUACCAGUUGUUUCCUAGGCGAGGGCAAGGCAAGCUACUGCAACUGUCUGUAUCAUCUGUUCGCGCUGAGACAGGCCUCAACCAUGGCAGUCGAUCUGUGUGGUGUAGCAGGGCAGGCCAAGCCCCUGAAGCCUCGGCGCUCCCUCCCUGGGACGCCCGUCGCUAACACUUUCAAACACUUCCCCAUCGACCUGCGUACAUCCAUGGACGGAAAGUACAAGGAGAUUGCCGAGGAGCUGUUCACUCGCAGCCUGACGGAGAGUGAGAUGCGCACUGCUCCUUAUGAGUUCCCUGAGGACAGCCCCAUCGAGCAGUUGGAGGAGAGACGCCAACGCCUGGAGAGGCAAAUCAGCCAGGACAUCAAGCUUGAGCCAGAGAUCCUGCUCCGCGCCAAGCAGGAGUUCAUGAAAAUCGACAGCGAUGCCGACCUGGAGUUUAUGAAUCAGCAGGGUGGUGUGGACAGGACGGAUGAUGGCUGGAUGAAGGAGAGAGUAUUACCGAUGGAGAGAGAGUACCAACGUGUGUCAAUAUCAGGGGAGGAGAAGUGUGGGGUGCCCUUCACAGACCUGGUGGAUGCAGCUAGGUGUGUGGUGAAGGCCCUGUUCAUCAGGGAGAAGUACAUUGCCCUGUCCAUGCAGAACUUCUGUAAGACCACCGCCCGCGAGCUGGGGGAGCUGGGAGAGAAACCCCUGGACCUACGCGUCUAUGAGGAGAUCCCUGAGACCCCCGUUGAUGCAGAUGCUCCAGUCCACCCCCCUGUCUCAGAGACUCACCCCUAUGAAAACCAGGACACCAAGAACAUGCCUGCAGACACAGGGUACAGCUGUAAGAUGGUGGAUGGAGUCAUGCAUGUCUAUACCAAGAAGAGCCCAAUGGAGAAGAGUACAGAGUUGGACCUGCCCUACCCAGACCUGAAGGAGUACAUCGCUGACAUGAACGUCAUGAUGGCUCUCAUCAUCAAUGGACCAGUGAAGUCGUUCUGCUACCGCCGGCUGCAGUACCUGAGCUCUAAGUUCCAGAUGCACAUCCUGCUGAACGAGAUGAAGGAGCUGGCAGCCCAGAAGCAGGUUCCUCACCGUGACUUUUACAACAUUCGCAAGGUGGACACCCACAUCCACGCUUCGUCCUGUAUGAACCAGAAGCACCUUCUGCGCUUUAUCAAGCGGGCCAUGAAGAAGUACCCUGGGGAGAUAGUCCACAUGGAGCACGGCCGGGGACAGACCCUCAUGGAGGUGUUUGAGAGCAUGAACCUGACGGCCUUCGACCUGAGUGUGGACACACUGGACAUGCACGCGGACCGCAACACGUUCCAUCGCUUCGACAAGUUCAACGCCAAAUACAACCCCAUCGGAGAGUCCAUCCUGAGAGAGAUCUUCAUCAAGACAGACAACCACAUCGAGGGCAAAUACUUUGGCCACAUGAUCAAGGAGGUGAUGGCUGACCUAGAGGAGAGUAAGUACCAGAACGUGGAGCUACGUCUGUCCAUCUACGGCCGCUCCCGGGACGAGUGGGACAAGCUGGCCAAGUGGGCCGUCAAACACCAAGUCUACUCUGACAACGUGCGCUGGCUCAUCCAAGUGCCCCGCCUCUUUGAUGUGUACCGCACCAAGAAGCAGCUGGCUAACUUCCAGGAGAUGAUGGAGAACAUCUUCAUGCCUCUGUUUGAGGUCACCAUCAACCCGCGCAGCCACCCUGAGCUGCAACUCUUCCUGCAGCAUGUGGUGGGCUUUGAUAGUGUGGAUGACGAGUCCAAGCCGGAGCACCACAUCUUCAACAUGGACAGCCCCCUGCCAGCCGACUGGACGGAGGAGGACAACCCUCCCUACUCCUACUACCUCUACUACACCUACGCCAACAUGACCGUGCUCAACCACCUGCGCAGGAGGCGUGGUUUCCACACGUUUGUGCUGCGCCCUCACUGCGGGGAGGCGGGGCCUGUCCACCACCUGGUGUCGGGUUUCAUUCUGUCAGAGAACAUCUCCCACGGGCUGCUGCUCAGGAAGGCACCAGUGCUGCAGUACCUGUACUACCUGGCUCAGAUUGGCAUUGCCAUGUCCCCCCUGAGCAACAACAGCCUGUUCCUCAGCUACCACCGCAACCCCCUGCCUGAGUAUCUGUCCAGAGGCCUCAUGAUCUCUCUGUCCACUGACGACCCCCUACAGUUCCACUUCACCAAGGAGCCCCUGAUGGAGGAGUACAGCAUUGCCACACAGGUGUGGAAGCUGAGCUCCUGUGACAUGUGUGAGCUGGCCAGGAACAGCGUCCUCAUGAGCGGCUUCUCCCACAAGGCAAAGAGCUACUGGCUGGGGCCCAAAUACAGCAAGGAGGGCCCUGAGAGCAAUGACAUCCGUCGCACCAACGUCCCGGAAAUCCGCGUGGCAUACCGCAGUGAGACCCUGCUGGAGGAGCUCAACCUCAUCACCCACGCCGUGCGCACCAAGGAGCUGGACAACAUUGGCGAGGAGGACACCCUCUCCAUGGCCCCCGUCGGGGCAGAAGGACACUAACUCAACAACCCCCCCCCCAACUUCUAACCCCUCCUCGGCCCCUACCUGCAUGACACUGAGGGGGUGCAAUAUGAGUGGACUUCAGCUUGUUGUUUAACCUCUACCUCUAACCCCCUUAUCCCCCUCCUGCUAUGGAGCUGGACUGUGCACUCGUCUCUCAGCUCUCUUGUCCUAAAGCCAAGGAUACAAUGCUCCCUGAGUGUCCCCAUCUCUCUGUCGGUGAUGGGUGGGGGUCAGUAUGGACUCAGUCAUGUUCCAGUCCCCCUUCCUCCCUUAACCCAGGUUCCCUCUUCAACUCUCUGGUUAGCCCCUGUUUUUCCUCUCUAUAUCUUUUGACUCCUCCCUUUCUCUCUAAUGCUCACUGUGAGGUUCUAUUUCAAUCAGCAUGGCCAAGGUUGGCAGGGUUAACAUCCAGUGCUUGGAUUAUUUUCUAAUACGCAUAUGGGAGGAGAGAGACUGUAGCCUGAAGUCUUUUUUUCACCUCAUCUGUUCUUCGAUCUGUUCCUGGGUCACGUUCUCUGUCACUUUGAUCUCCUGACCCUCCAUACCUUCAAACCAAAACUUAUUCCCUUUGCUUUGUCAUGUGACCCUGCAUGGGAAAAAAGGUACCACAGUUCAGCCUGUGAUUUGAUGGCAUGUUUGUACACAACACCUAUAUUACACACACACACACACACACACACACACACACACACACACACACACACACACACACACACACACACACAUGCACAGUUUACCCGUCCUGAAAGCUGCUUAUCUUCCAUCACACAGUCAUGCUGCCUUAAGCUCAUCUAGUAUAAUAUCUUCACAAUGAAGUAGGGAAGCAGAUACAACUCAACAGAAAUAUUAUGAGUGCAUUGUCCAUGGGUCGCCUAACCUACACAACAUAGACACACCUAAACAAUGCAUAGGUGACUGUUCCACACUACAUUGUUCCAACACCUGUUGCGCACUGAUCGGAACAGUCACAUGUAACUUAGAGUUGCAUGGAAACCGCGGUAACAAACUUCUAAUGUAUGGACGUACUGAGUUAAGAAAAACUGAGAAAGGACCAAAUCUGUGUGGUCUAGAAGCAGAAGUCGUGCACAAUUCCAGUCUGUGUCUGCUGCUGGCUAUCUGAUGGCUUUCAUCUGUCUCUGUUGUAGUGAUUUACUAGCUAAAUGAGUCCUCUCGGCUGGUCUCCCUGAUCUAAGUCAGCUCUGAACUAAAUAGCAGGCAGGACAUCCAGCAGACACACUGCAGCAGCCCUCAGGACAUGGAGCUGUGUACCUGACUGGGCUACUGCAAACAUUCCAUUAAAUUAACAUUAAGAUCAAUGUUAUUUUUUGCCGCAGAAAAAUACAUUACUGCCCUGUUUAUAACAAAUCACAUUGGUUAUAGAAUAUGCAGCCAAAAAUAGUAGAUUUAUACUAUUCCAUGAUGUGUACAAUAUACUAAAUAUCUAGAAAGGAUAUAGGUACAUGUGUGUAUAUCUUAAGAAGGAUAUCAGUCUGGUAGAGUGGAUGCUGAGAGGUGUGUAUGAUAAGAGAUGUUCAACCACAGUGUGUUUUACAAGCACAAGUCAAGAAGCAUGCCAGGGGGGCUCCCCUGUCCCCCUACCAUUACCUCAACACUCACCAUGUGCUUGGACAUGGACCCUCCACACCCCCUUGUGUAUGUGUCCCGCUCCCACCCCCCACACACCCCUUGGUCCUCUAAAGAGACCAGGACAGACCCCGGGGACUGACCUCUGGGCCCACUAUGUUGGUUAUUAGUUAUUGCAUGCAGUGCCCUGUAUGCACCAAACCAGACUUACCAGUGCCUUUUGAUUUGAGCUUUGGGCACUGCUAGCCUGUCACUGUCCGUUGUCAUGCCCUGCUGCAAUGCCUCACUCCUCAUCAACAACAACCACAGCACCUGUUCUCAUCAAGCUUUAGCAUUUUUGCUGUCCUAACAUCAAGAGGAUGCCUUUGGAACUGAAACCAGGCUGCAUGCUGUGUGUUAAAGUACCUUCUCCUUUACCUGUCCUUCCAGCGAAGUGGAUGAAGCCGUUUUACCAAUGCUCUGCUUUGACUGCAUUUCCCCUGUGCAUCUUAUGUUGUGCAUGCCUGCAUGGAGCCCUGUGUGGCCACGGGAGUGUCUGGGAAGCUGUCUAAAGGGAUCUGUAACGUGAAAAAGCAACACAUGAGAAUCCAAGGAAGCUGAACAACUGUCAUGUAUGAAGUAUGUGUGCAGUCAAUGAUUAUUAUUAGUUUGAGUUCAGCAAAACAAACUCAAAUUCAGCUCUUCAUCACGAUGGCAACGCUCAAACCAUGCAGAGACAUAGUUGCAUGGUUGUUAUCAGCAUCAAAUGAGCUCACCCCCACCACAGUCAUGGUUGUCGUGGUCACCAAAACAGAUGUGAUCUGUACCAUAGAGAUCCUAUUCUAAUUCCUAAUUCUAUGAUCUGUAAAUUCAUCCCCAUCAUCUAUGCCCGAUUCAAACUGUGGGAGUUCAUCUUGAAAAUUGUUAUAGCUAUUCUAUUUGUACAGUCCUAUUAUUUGCUAAGACUGUUCCAGUGGAAUUACUGGGCCCUAGUUGUAAAUGUUCACCAUGCAUUGCAUACCAUACCUACCAGCCCAUUUUAAAAACCUAAGUGUGACAAAAGCCUGAUAUAUACGAGUAAAUGUUUGAGAAACCAGAUAAUUUAGGACAAGUUGUGUGCAUUAAUCUCACUCCUGGGAGGCUGUUCUGUAGCUCCUCAGCAGUGAGGUGUUUCACUGUGAAGGAGUGGUGUGUGCUGAACAUGGGGUUGGAUUUAAUAUAUAAAGUGUAUUUUUUUAAAGGCUAUGGAAAUAAAAGGUUUAUAUAAACAGUAUAUCAAUAUCUAGAUCACAAACUUUAAGUAUAGUUGCUGUAGAUCAUUUUAAACUUGCGUUAUUCAAGCAGAAAUAUUUAGUUUGUUAAAAUUAUUACAAAUAUUAUUAUUGGCCUUGUCUUUCACUAGAUUUACAAUUGGACUCAAUAUUUCCAUUUAUAUUUCUGUCUUAUUUUGAAUGUUAAUUGUUUUUCUGGUGUUUUUUUGUUGAUUGUGUUAGGACUGUUGAACUCUGUUACAUUUUCCAUGUAGCUCUCUCUCAGAGUAUUGAGUGAAGUUGAUCAAGUUAACUAGAGUUAUUUGGAGGGGCCUUCAGCAAUGGUAGUACCCAGAGCCAUAAUGGGUAUCCUCCCUGACAUUUAACUCAGCCAGAGCUGCCUAUGUAAUCUGGCAACAUUCACACCAACACACCUACUCAAGCAAUUUCAUCCUUCCCACAAACAUACAUCUCUUUGAUUGAUCCAAAGAGGGCUUUAAAAAACAACAAGCGACCGUUUAGUACAGCUUUUGAUUUGAUUCUUUGAAAUCGUAUUUUGAAUUAGAGGAUACAUGUAUGAUUUAAGUGUUUGUGUCUCAUGUGGAGCAGGAUAUGUGUAGUUUCUUGAUAAAGGAUCAGACAUCCAUGUUUAGAUCCAGGUGUUGCUCACUGAGGGACCCAACGACUUCAGUUGACCUUACCUUUUCAUUUCCAUCCAUCCAUUUCAGAUUGUCCAUCAGAGUUCACAGAUCUGUUCUUUCAAAACCUCACCAACUCCUGUCGUUGGUCUCCAUCUGUACAAUCAGUUUGUUUAUAAACUACAAUGCUAGGGAACCUGUAGGCCCUGCUGUAGUGUACCAUAGACCAUACUUUGUAUCAAACUUCACUAAGGACAGCCAUAUGUAUUUCUGUCCCAAUCGAAAGUUGGAAGACAUUGAGUCAAAUGCUGUUUGUUUUCUUGCAUUGUGUUCAGUAGUGCAAAGAGUCUUGGGCAAUAGUAAUAGACAGUCUGUCAUCACAGAACACAAACCAGUUAAUCAGUCAAUCAUCACGCUGCGAGUUUCGUUUUUUGUUCAAUCCAUUUUCUCUUUUUUUUAAAUCGCCUAGUAUUCUUUUCACUUCAUAAUGUUGAAUACAAAGAGUUUGAUGUUCACUUGUGAUUAUUUUGUGCUCAAUUCAUGUUUUCUUUAUUAGACGUUUUAAUGUUUUUACAUGAAAGGUUCUCUGCACAUGUUUUCUAUUAUUGACAUGGUUUUCAUUGUCUUUAAUUUGUUUAAGAAUAUUGUAGUCAUUCAUGACUUUAAAUGAAUGCCAAUGUUUUACAUUGCUUUUACAUUUACUCAAAUGCUUCUGAUAUGGUACAUGUGUAAUGUCUGAAAAAUGAAAUAAAGCAUGUUUAUUCAUCUAA